GGGGGCGGCCGAGGGGGGAGCCCCCGCCGGAGCCCCCGCGCGCGGCGAUGCGGAGCGGGGCAUGGCGGCCCCGCCGCUCUGCCUGCGCCUGCUGGCCGCCGCCUUCUACGGCCUCAGCUCCUUCCUCAUCGUCGUGCUCAACAAGAGCGUCCUCACCACCUACGGGUUCCCGUCCUCGCUGUGCGUGGGGCUGGGCCAGAUGGUGGCCACGGUGGCCGUGCUCUGGGCGGGGAAGGCGCUGCGGGUGGUCAAGUUCCCUGACCUGGACAGACACAUCCCCCGGCGGACGUUUCCCCUGCCUCUGCUGUACUUCGGGAACCAGAUCACGGGACUGUUCAGCACCAAGAAGCUGAACCUGCCCAUGUUCACGGUGCUCCGGAGGUUUUCCAUCCUCUUCACGAUGUUUGCCGAGGGAUUCCUGCUCAAGAAGAAGUUUUCCUGGAGCAUUCAGAUGACAGUAUUUGCCAUGAUCUUUGGUGCAUUUGUGGCUGCCAGUGCUGACCUGGCAUUCGACCUGGAGGGAUACAUUUUUAUCCUCAUUAACGACGCCUUAACAGCUGCAAACGGUGCCUACGUGAAGCAGAAGCUGGAUUCCAAGGAGCUGGGCAAGUACGGCCUGCUCUACUACAACGCCCUGUUCAUGAUCCUGCCCACCCUGGCCAUCGCCUUCGUCACGGGGGACGCGCACAAGGCAGUGGAGUACCAGGGCUGGGCAGACUCCUUCUUCCUCGUGCAGUUCACGCUCUCCUGUGUGAUGGGGUUUAUUUUGAUGUAUUCCACAGUUCUUUGCACUCAGUACAACUCUGCUCUUACAACUACAAUAGUUGGCUGCAUUAAGAAUAUUUUAGUAACCUAUAUUGGGAUGUUUUUUGGAGGAGAUUAUAUUUUUACAUGGAUGAACUUCAUUGGUCUAAAUAUCAGUAUUGCUGGGAGCCUGGUGUACUCCUACAUCACCUUCAGCGAGGAGCAGCUGAGCAAGGAGCCCGAUGCUGGCAGCAAGAUGGACACCAAAGGGAAGAGCUCGGUGUGAGCAGGGCGAGGCUGCUGGGCUUUGGCACCGACCUCUUCUGCUCGCCUGAUGCGGGCAGAGCGCGGGGAGCCCCGGCGUGCUCUUGAUUUGCACAGCUGAGAUUGCUGCCUUCACAAAUCCUGGGGGAGAUGCACCCAGCCUGCGCGGGGUGGGGGGAGGAUGAGCCUAAUUAAGCCUGAUCGGGAGGAAUUAACGGGUUUCUAAUCAAGCCGGGAGUUGGCAGCGAGACGGGCAGGGCAGGGCAGGGCAGGGCUGGCAGUUCUGCUGCCAGGGUGUGCCAGGGCUGUCCCUGGCUGGGUCUGCUCCCCGGGAUCCCUGCCUCUGCAGAUCCCAGCGGGGUGGGAGGCUGGGCAG